GCCGGGGAGAGGGGAGCGGGGAGGCCGGGGCCCGGGGGAUGAGCCUAGGCCGUGCGGGGAGAAGCGAGCCCGAGGCCGGGGAGUGGAGCCGGUGAAGGCCGGUCCGGAGCCUGGGGCCCGGGUAUGUCGGAGGCCGAAUGCCGGCGCUGGAUCUCCGAGGCCAUCGAGUGGCUGCGGGCGCGGAAGGCCCGGCCCGACCAGGAGCGGAUCUGCGCCAUGGUGCAGCGGCGGCACGGGGUGUCUCCCGGCCGCACCCGGCGCCAACUCGAGCGGCUGCUGCGCUCCCGGGCCCUGCUGCGGGUCCGCUACAAGGGCUCGCACUCGUACCGUAACGCGAGCCCGGGGACUGGGCCUGGAGCUGGGCCCGAGCCUGAGCCUGGGCCCUCGGGUAGCAGCAGCCCGGCCACGCGGGACCGGGACAGGGACAGGGACAGGGACAGGCCGCGCCCGCCGCCCCCUAGUGUGGUGCUGACCCGGGCCCGGCACAAGGAGCAGCAGGUGGCCCGGGCCCGCGGCGGCGGCGGCGGCAACAGCAACAGCCCGGCGCCCGAGGCCGAGGGGAAGCGGCGGCUCACACUCACUGACAGCGGCCCUGAGCGCAAGAAGACCAGGAGAACAAAGGAGGCCGAGCCAUCGGACAGCGAAGGAAGUGAUGAAGAAAAGGCGGCUGCAACGAAAGAUGUGGAGUUGAGGAGGCAGGUGCCGCGUGAGGUGCAGAAUGACGUGGAGACCACCAGCGAUGGCGGGAGUGAAGAAGGCGAGGAGAGCCCCGCCAAAUCACCCGCUGUUGAAGACACCGGUGAGGAGCUGUCCUCUGAAGAGCAGCUCGAAGUGCCUUCAGCUGCGGGGCAAGGCCCGUCGCAGUCCCCAGGCCAUGAGACCAAGGACGUCACUGGAGCUGAGCCGGGACAAGAGGCCGAGGAGCAAGAGAGGGGGCAAGUGGACCUCUCCCCGAACAUCAUGGGUGAAACAAGCUCUUCUGACGUCUCUGUCCCUGUGGAGGCAGCCUGUGGAGACCCGCACGUCCAGGAGCCUGGCAUUCACCAAGGUGAGGCAGGAGUAGACGGGGGAACGUUUGAUCAGCUCAGUCUCGCGGACCGUGACACUGCGGCAGUACCCCAGUGCAUGGACAAUAGACACCCUGCUGCGCGUGAUCAGGGGACUUGCCAUCAGCCUGAACCCCAAACGAGUGAAGCAGUUCCUGAGGUUGGCGGUGCUUCCUGUCUACUUACGCCAUCGGCUUCUCCAGUAGAGAUGGUUCCUGAAGAGAACGGCCCCACAGAUAGACACCUGCUGGAAGAGGAAGGGAAAUCUGUAGACCCGACGGAAUGGAGUAUCGUUGACGUGGUGAAUUAUUUUAAAGCAGCCGGAUUCCCAGAGCAGGCCGUUGCUUUCGAGGAUCAGGAAAUCGAUGGCAAGUCCCUACUUCUAAUGAAGAGGAAUGAUGUUCUGACGGGACUGGCAAUUAAACUGGGGCCGGCACUGAAGAUAUACGAAUUUCAUAUCAAGGUUCUACAAUUGCAUCAUUUUAACAAUGAGGCGCCAUCUUGCUGACCUGCGUACACCAUUGGCAGCAGAAUGUUUGUCCGGCUCCCGCCUGCGAGCACGUCACUGCAGUCUCGCUUCAGUGUGCUCCCAAUUUACACCCAUGCUAUUUAAAGUGGAAGGCGGAGCAACACCAGGAAUAAGAAGUCCAUGGAAGAAAAGUACUGGGUUUCUUUAGUGUUUGGGAAUUUGUUCUAGACUUUCCAACACUACCUGACACAUCUGAAGUUGAGAUGGUCUCUGUUCCAAGGUUUGGCUGCAGUCCUAGCGCUGGGGUCUGUAACCCAUCCCUCUGCUGAUGGUGGGGAAUUACCCUGCUGGCCGAGGUGGGUGGGCUGUUCUGCAACAGGGCCAAGUGCCGUUCAAGCAUAAAUGGAGGACUGCUCUGCAGGACUUGUUCUUCAUCCUUUAUGAAGCGUGAGAUGCACUUAGUGGGAUUCUGCAAAUAAACUAGAAAGCCCAAAGAAACUGGGCAAAUAUUAAACAGUAUCUAAUAGAUGAAGCAUCUUCCUACAGUCAGGUGGUAGCUUCAUAUUAACAGGAAUCAUCUUCAAGGUGAAUAUGAAAUGUGCAGGAAGGAACUGUAGAUACUGGUUUAAACUGAAGAUAGACACAAAGUGCUGGAGUAACUCUUCUAUCCAGAGAUGUUGCCUGCCCUGCUAAGUUACUCCGGCAUUUUGUGUCUAUCCUAAAUAUAAAAUGAGCCCAUAAUGAUGCGAUGGGCUCAUCACAAACAUCAUCUCUGUGCUUUGUCUUCUGACCUUUACAUCCUCCUUAAAUUUGUCACUUUGAAGUUUUACUUCGAGUUACAAGGUUGUUACUGGUGUUUCUUGUGUAUUUUUAAAGAUUUUAUUAUUUUAGAAAAGUGUAUGUUCCAAAAUGCAAUGAAAGCCUUAAAAUUGAAAUCUUGAGAGCAGGGGGGUUAAUGACUGUGUGUUGACUCAUGCAGGAUUCAUGCAGGUGUGCUUGUCAAGUAAUCUGCGACGUUUACAAAAAUAUAUUUAUAUUAUAUCGUGCUUCUGCUUGCUGUUUUUCUAUUAUAAAUUCCAAUAUAUCUAUACAAUAGAAUCUGAAUGACUAAACUUCUCAUAUUAUAUCCACAAUCUUCUACGUUUUUGCGCUCCGACUAUUAGGGAGAUGUGCUUACAAUAUGUUGUUUACAUUGGUGGUUUCCAUACAAGGCUGGGUAUGGAUGGAUAGCUAAAUGAGGACAGGAUGUCCACCUUUUAAAAUGGGUACUGAGCUUUCCUUAAUUCUGCAUCAUCUGAAAUUAUCGUCUUGAUUUGUGAAUUUGCGGGAUAUUAAUUUGUACAUAUCUAAUCAAACUCUUGGGUUAUCAGGUUGGUGAAGUUUAACUACAGUCUUGUUUAAUGGAUGUGACAGGUGUGACUAAUUUUUUGCUUAAGAGGUGUUUCCAUGUAAUAUUUGGAGGAUUUUACAAUUUAGAAUAUACCCUCUCAAUCGAUGGUCAUGAAUGGUUUUGUGAAUGAUUUUACUGUGUUUUACUCUCGAUUGACGGGUGACUUUGACCUUUUACAUUUUGUGAUUUAGUUUUCCCGCCAAGAUCUUUCUCUGGUCUUCCCCCAUCAGUUUGGAAAUGACUAAAGUUACAGUUCUGUUUUCAUUUGCAGUUCAGUAGGAGGCACUUGAUGGAUUCUGUCUCACAGGUGUUUGUGCGUCAGUGAAAUGUAUUGGAAACUGAGUAAACCAGAAGGUGCCUUUAGACAUGGCUGCUGAAAGCUGAGGAUGAACAGGAUGCUUCCCUAUGUUAGCUAGAAGUUAACACCAAUUAGGGUGGUGCAGCGGUAGAGGUGCUGCGUCAUGGCACCAGAGUCCCGGGUUCCAUCAUAUACAAAUUGAUACAACCACCUGGGAAGGUCAGGGCAGGGGACAGUCUGAAGAAUAGUCUCGACCCAAAACGUCACCCAUUCCUUCUCUCCAGAGAUGCUGCCUGUCCUGCUCAGUGUUUUGUCCAGCAUUUUGUGUCUAUCUGGGGAUACAUUGCAAGCCUCGUGUAAAACAAAUAUUGCAUAUGUGUUGGGAAUAGCUGAAAGUGGAAAGCUUCUCUCUGCCUCCACCCUUGUGCACCCUGUCCUAGAUUCAAGUGUGGUUGGAUAGUGGUUCAACUUUCCCUUUGCACUCCACAUUUGCAUGCUCUCUCCAGCAUUGUCUUGCCAAGUUGGUUGUUGUACUUGAAUUUUUAUGGAAGCAGGGCUCCUUUACAGAUGUGAGUUUCUUUGCUCAAAGGUGCCGUAAAUUGGCAGUGGGCUGCAGGCCUUUGCAAUGUGCUUCCAUGUGGAAGUAUAGGAUGGCUAGAUGCCAAUUAGCUGGUCGUGUAUCCCUUUCAUGGGAUUGAAUUGCAGAUUGGAACUGAGAUACAGAGCCUUGGUAUCCUUUGUGCAAACACCAGCUGUCACUGCGCUUUAUAAAUGAGUGAAGAAUUAUUUGAAUUUAUAAUAAAUAAUAAAAGCCAUGUGUUUUGAAUGGAAUGCACAAAAUGAAUAGGUGGGUUUUUAGAGUUUAUUCUUGCUAAUUGAGAUGCUUUAAGCAAUAAGAAUAUUCAAAUGAAAUGUCUAAUAAAAAAUUGUUGAUUCAAAAUUA